AUGGACCAUGGUCCAUCUGUGGCACCUCGCUCGUUUCCUCAACAUCAAACUGAAUUACAGAUCACUGGGGAUAUAAUCGAUAGGUUCAUUCCGGAGAUAAGGAACCUGGGAGAACGUUCUCUGCAUAGUUCAUGUUUCAAGUUGUUGCACGAAAAGGAAAAAGUACUAGAUCUCAAGUCUGAUACGUCAGAGAAGCGCUCUAAUGCUCGCGCCCGUUCUGCGCCAAGAUCCUUUCACAUUCAAAAUGGAUAUUUCCUAGUGAGUCCUAACUUGCAUCUUGAUAUUACUACGAGAACUGAAUCCGAGACAAGUUCAGAAGACUCUGAUUCCUCUACAGAUUCUUUGCUUUCGGGUUCUUCUAGUACCAAAGCUAAGCUUCGACGUCAGGGCGACCGAAUCGCAGGAGCUCUUGGAUUCAAGAGAAAGUCAAGGAUUCUGAGCUUCAAGCCAUUUAGUUUUGGCAAUACGCAUAACAAUAAGCAUGUAUCCUUCAAGAUGCCUUCUGUGAAUUCAGAUUCAUUUGUAGAAAGAUUUGCUAGGGGUAAAAGUCAGAAGAGGAAAAAAGAAAAAAACGAGUCGUCCUCCGCAAAAGAGAUCUCUUUUAAAGUGCUCGAUGCCCCAGGACUUCGGAACGACUACUAUUCCAAUACAGUAUGUUGGUCUAAAGAAUCUGAUGUUUUAGCUGUAGGACUUGGUGCUUUCUUAUACAUAUGGAACGAGAAACAGGGUACAAUACCGAUGCAAAGGCUAAAUAGUGAGAUUGUCUCCUCCGUGUCGUACAGUUCCUCUGGUAUCUUGGCCGUCGGAACGAAAACAGGAAGAAUUACUUUAUAUGACAGUGGGUCCCAAAAGAUAGCGGUCAGUUCAAUUUUAAAACCAAGUACAGGCAUUUCAUGUAUUAAAUGGGUCAAUGAUCAUAGUCUCUUCUAUGCUGGUGAUGACUCAGGGGACGUUGCACUAUACGAAUUCGAGAAAAAUCGCGACUUGGAUGGGGUGUACCGGUACACUGUAGUAACACGAAUGACGAUACGGUGCAAUCAGCAGCAAGUCUGCGGUAUCGAUGUAAACCCUGAAUGCACACAGCUUGCCGUUGGAUCCAAUGACAAUAGUUGUACGCUUUACAGAAUCGAUGAUUUGAGGAAACCUAAGAAAAUGUUCACGCUAAAUCAUCAAGCAGCAGUGAAAGCAGUUGCGUUCUGUCCUUGGAUGUCAAACUUACUAUCCACAGGUGGAGGAAGUAAAGAUAGAUGUAUUAGGUUCUGGCAUACCACUUCGGGCACUUUGGUAAAGAAAUUUGAAACAAAAGGUCAGGUAACAUCACUAAUCUGGUCACGUUCCAGAAAAGAGUUGCUGGCAACGUUUGGGUUCGGAAGUCCCGGCGAAAAAAAUGGACUUUUAAGGGUCUAUGCGUAUCCAUCACUGAGAGUGGUCAAAAAGGUUGACAGCAAUUCUGAGAUGAGAGUAUUAACGGCUGAUCUUUCGUACGACCAGAAGUAUGUCUGUGCAGGUCUCAGUGAUCAAUCAGUCAGAAUAUACUCGAUAUGGAACUCCAAAUAUGACUUGAGGAUAGGAAAUUAUGACAGCGGACUCUUUGAAAGCCAAUUGAUAGAGCUUGAAGAAGGUGUUAACAAUAGCUUCGAAAUCAUUAGAUAG